AUUAAGAGUUUAAAUAAUUGCGCAAAAUGUAUAGAAGCAAGCCCCCUACUGUUGUCAAGGAGAGGACUAACAAAGCUAGAGAAGAAACUAAGGUUAGCAAGGCGCCUAAAACUAUUGAAGCUCAGGAGAAUAAAAGACCAAAUUCUAGACCUGAAACUACGAAUAAAACCGCAAAGAAGCCAUCUAUCGUUCCUAGAGAGACUAAAGCCAGCAAAUUGUUGAGGUUAAAAUAACGAGAAAAUAAAGGAAAAUCAGUUGAACCAAUCGUUGACAAAAAAGAAGAAGGCUAUCAAGCCAAAAAUGUUAGAAAUUUCAAAGGAAGUAGAAGUUAAGUAUCAGCCCAAACCUGCAAAGGAGAUCGUAGAGGAGGAAGUCCGUGUCUCUUUAGUUACUCCUAAUAAGAGGAAAACAAUGAAGCCUAAGGGAAUUCAGCCUUAUGCCAGCAACUAUUGAAAAGUUGAUAUCAGUAACUCUGAGUUAAAGCCUAAUGCGACUCGACAGAGUGUAGUGCCAAUGAGUGGAAGGCAAUCCCUCAGUGGUAGAUCUUCCUUAUGUGGCUCUGAAUUUGGAGGAAGAAUGACCACUCCUUCUGGAUCUUCUCUGAUCAAACUCGAAUUGAGGGACUUUAAUAACCUAAAAUCUCAGUUGUAUCAAUGGAUUUUAGUAAACCAAAAAUUGGAGGGAUCAUUUAAACAGCAACAACAGAAUGCUUUGAAUGAGAUUUAUGAUAGGUGGCUACAAAUUCUCAAACUCGCUGAAGAAUGCUAUAACCAAGAGAGAACAAUUUUUAUCAAAGAGCAAAUCUUAGUGAUGAAUAAGGCUGUAGUUGUCCAGAAUGAUUACCUUACCGACCUGAAUCUCUUAUUUGAACAAUUUCAGGGAAACCUACAACUGCUGAUGAAAAAGGUAAAUGAUACAAUGAAUAUCAUGACUAUUGAGAGCAAGAAUUUGUACCUUCAGGUUGACCAGAUAAUGGAACAUCUCGACAUGUCAAAUAGUUUGUACGAAAUCUUAACCAAAAAUACCUCUGAGUAUGACUUUGAUGUCCUGAAGGAGGUCCAGGAGCUACAUUCAGUCAUAAAAAUGGAGAAAAAGGAGUUUUCGAAAGGCAUUGAGCUAACUAAGGCGUAUAUUCAGAUGAAAAAUCGGGAAAAUAUGGAUAUGAUCUCCAAAUUUGUAAAGGCUAGUGAGGAAGAGCUUUUAGAGAAAUCUAUGCAUAAUCCAAUCCUGAAAUUCUUUUAA